AUGUAUUUGUCCCUCCCUCCCUCCCUCUGUCUGUCUGUCUGCCAGGUAUGCGUAGGAGGUGCAGACUCCAGAGCAGAGCAGUGUGCUUCCUACAACAACCAGGAGUUUAUGGGCAGACUGUACGACUGGGAACCUUUCACUGAGGUUGGGGUGGAUAAGCAAUGUGAGCUGACGUGUAGGCCGGUUGGAUAUCGUUUCUACGUGAGUCAGGCAGACAGAGUGAGAGAUGGAACACCCUGCGUUAACACCAGCACCAAUGACGUGUGUGUGGCCGGGCGCUGCCUGACUGAGGGCUGUGAUGGGGUGUUGGGGUCUGGCUUGGUGAUUGACAGGUGUGGUCAGUGUGGGGGGCGGGACCUGUCCUGUCAGAAGCUGAGCGGGAGCUUCCAGAACACCAGUGUUCCCCUUGGUUACCACAGAAUCCUGGACAUCCCCCCAGGAGCUACUGCCAUUAACAUCACAGAGAGACACGCCAGCUCCAACUACCUGGCCCUACGUAGUGGUACAGGUGUGUCAGUAGUGAAUGGGCGCUGGGCGGUGGAUCCUCCAGGAGACUACGAGGCAGGGGGGACUACCUUCACCUACACCCGCCCCAGGGCUCUCUCUGAUGGGCAGGAGGACAGAGGAGAGACCCUUACAGCUCCAGGACCCACCACCACACAACUGACUCUAUAUAUCAUCUUCCAUAGGCAGAAUCCAGGGAUCGACUAUGAAUUCUACAUCCCAACAGAAAAGAAAGCGGAAGAGAGGGAGAGGCCGCGAGAGAGAGAAAGAGAGAGGCCUAGAGAGAGAGAAGUAGAGAGGGAACGACCGAGGGAUGGAGGGAGGGAACCCCUGAGAGACACUAGUUCUCUCAUUGUAACAGUGGAAGACCCUAUCCCUCCUCCCCCCAUCUCCUCUUCGUCCUCUUCCUUCUCCUCUUCUACCGCAGACAGAUGGACAGCUGAGAGCUCCCGUCCCCGAGGCUCGGUACCCAAUCGGAAUGCUCGAAUCCCACCUCGUACCGACCUGCCCCUCGACACCCAGUCACCCUUUGUAUGGAGGAGGGGCGAGCUCACUGAGUGUACUGCUUCCUGUGGCAAAGGGUCCCAGUACAGGGCGAUCCUGUGUAUUAACCGCCAUACUGACGAGGAAGUCCCAGACAGGAAGUGUGACUCAGCAACAAGACCCUCCCCUGAGGAGGAGUCCUGCAACACACACCCCUGCCCAGCAUUCUUCGAGGCCAGCUCAUGGUCAGAGUGCAGUGUGUCUUGUGGUAUGGGAGUACAGCAGAGACAGCUUCAGUGCAGACAGAGCUUUGGGAACCGUUCCACCAUGGUUCAACCACAACGCUGCUCCAACCUAACCCCACCUGACCUCACCCAGUCCUGCCAGCUACGACUCUGCUCACACUGGGAGAUUGGCACCGACUGGAGCUCUUGCUCAGUGGACUGUGGCAUGGGGAAGAGAACUCGAAAUGUCCGCUGUGUCAGUGACCAUGGCAGCGUGGUGAAUGACAAGGAGUGUAACACCAGGCUCCGCCCACAAGGAAGUGAGGACUGUCACAUGGGGCCCUGUGUAACCAACUGGUACUUCACUGGCUGGUCCAACACUUGUUCAGCCCCGUGUGGUCCAGGGGUUCAGAGGAGAGAGGUGUUGUGUCUGACCCGUGGAGGGAGAGAGGGAGGAGAGUGUUUGGGGGACAAACCGGCGGACAUGAAGGCGUGUAACGGGGGUCUGUGUGCUCCCACCUACAUGUGGUACAGUAGCCCCUGGGGUCAGUGUAGCGCUCCAUGUGGGAAUGGAACUCAGCGAAGGGACAUCAUCUGUGUGGAGAAGAUGGGGACAGAUUUCAAAGUGGCACCGAUCAGCCAGUGUGCCCAGCUGGAAAAGCCUCCCUCGGUGCAGACGUGUGCGAUGGAAGCAUGUCAGCCUCAGUGGUUUACUACAGAGUGGAGCGCGUGCUCUCGUUCCUGUGGUAAGGGGCUACAGAUCAGAGAAGUACGGUGUCUCACACCUGACAAACAGCACAGCCCAGAAUGCUCCCUUACAGACAAACCUGACCAGGAGCAGCUCUGCAAUACCAUACCCUGCAGUCCACAGGUCGCAGAUGAGAACUGCAGGGACCAGCGUCAUAACUGUGUGAUGGUGGUUCAGGCCAGACUGUGUGUCUACUCCUACUACAAGACUGCCUGCUGCGCCUCAUGUACCCAGAGUGCUCAGCGGGCCAAGAGGCACUGACCAGCCAAUAACAGGCUUCCAGCCGAGGUCAGCCAGGGGUCAGGGUUUAAGGGGUUAGAAGUCAAAGCGCAGGUUACCAUGGUAAUGAUCAGACCAUAGAAAUGGAGUGGGUAGAGUGGAUAUAUUACCACAUAAAGUGGGGAUUGAAUUGUGUAUUGGGCCAGAUGUACAGCCGUUAUAGAAGGGAUGUUUUGGAAUGUGAGUUAAUUUGUUACUUGCUACAUUUCUUACAUUUCAUGGGUUAUCUGCAUAUGCAAAAAAAGUCCCAGUGACAUUGUACAGAGCUCCAUAAUAUGGAACAUAUCUGAUUUCUAUGUCCACUCUUUCUGUUUCUAUGGAUGAGAGAUGCUGUGGAUGAUGUAUGUACACCCAGGACCUGGGUCCAGAGCUCUGUCCCAGUAGCCAAACUUGCAUACUACUUAGAAUGAGGUGAAGUAUUGUCCAUGCAUACUAUGUAGUAUGCUAGUAUGGAUAGAUGGGACCCAGAAGGUAUAACCCAAUAGCAGUGUGAAACCUGCUGGAAGUUUCUAUGAUGUAUGUUUUCUAUGUUUGUGUUCUAUAUGCCAAAAAACUAUUUUAAAUGUCUCCUCAGUGUUUAUACAGCAUCAUCAACAUUUGGUGAAAAUAUACCAAAAUGUAAAAUGUUUUUAAAGGACAAUAGUGGAGAGAUGUCCAUAACCUGAGAACGCCCCCAAUCUGAAAACAAGCAGGGGUAGAAUGAAACGACUGUAUGGUCUAUUGGUGAGGUAUCCAACCUGUGCCCUCACGACUGUUAGCCCACUGAACUAAAGCCAAGGCAUUACCCCUGAGAGCUAAUACCAAUGUUCAGGUCUCAGCCAAGGUUACACCCAACCACCUCUGCUACAUACAGAAAAUAUACCACUACCUGAGACAUUUCAAUUGUUUCAUCUGACCCAUCAAUAUGUUCAAGAAUGGUAGGUAUUGAAAUAACAUUGUAUUCAUUUAUGCAUUCAUUUUCAGAAAUGCAUUUGCCACAAUAUGCUGAAGAGCAAGCUCUGUCUUAAAGGUCCAAUUCAGCUGUUUUUAUCUCAAUAUCAAAUCCUUUCUCUGUAACAAUUAAGUACCUUACUGUGAUUGUUUUCAAUUAAAAUGGUCAAAAAGAAACAAAAUAACUUCUUAGCAAAGAGCCAUUUCUCAAGCAAGAAUUUUUCUAGGAAACUGAAAACUACUGUUAUUGGCAGAGAGGUUUGAAACUAUUUCUCUUGUUGGUCUCUUAACUAACUGGUGAUGUCACCAUGCAGACCAAAAGUCCAUCCCACCAAAACAGGGAGACAUUUCAGGCGGUCUUUUCAAACAGCUUUUACACUAAAAUGGCAUUAUCAUCAUUUUCACAAUUUCACAGUAUUAUUCCAAACUCAUAGUGUGGAAGGAUAUAUAAAGCACAGGUAAAUCACGUUUUUGAGUGCACUGGGCCUUUAACUCCCAAAGGAGCAAGUUGUGACAGUAGCAAGUAACAUCUCCCUAACUAAUUUGUGUUUUUACUGAAAAUGUUUAAAAGGGUUCUGUCUUGGACUUAAACAAAGCUCAUUUUAACGGAUAUUGCCCCUAUGCCUUGACAUAGUUGUAACAUGUUACUACUGUAUGUUACGUCUACAGCAUACAGACACACGAACACACACUCCACAGGUGAACGAUGUGUAUAUUUGUCAGUCAAUAUUAUAUUUGUAUGUCUAUAUUUCUGUGUGAACAUAUACUUAAUAUACAUAUACAUAAAUAUCUCCUAUAUUGUGGUAUGAUUUGAAUUUUAGGCAUACUGUACAUGUUAACUGUAUGCAUACAUUCAUAUAAAAGUAUUCAUAUUUUUCAGUCAUCAUAUUAAGAAGAACAAAAUUAUAUUUUGCGACCCUUGGAUGGUGUGUGUUUGUCUUCCUGUCUCUGUGAAGUUGCUUAUUUGUGUUUAUGUGUGAGUAUGCAGCCGUGGGUGUAUUCUUGUAUGAGUCUAUCUGUGAAUGUCAUUUUCAUGUUUUAAAUCGUUUUUAGUCGAAACAAAAAGUUUUAUAUUAAAAAGUCUGAAAAAAAGGAUAGUAAUUUAUCUAUUAUAAAAAAUACAUGUAAUUUAUUUUUUUUCUUAAGAGGAGCUGUAGCAAAUUCCCUUUGUUGCUACCAUGUCAGAGUUUAUGAUCAGAAGUUAUUGCGUAGAAGUAUAUGGAUUUUGUAUUAUUUUGAAAAAGGCAAACGAGUGUGUGGAAAAUGCUAUCACAAACUUCAUUUGAAAUAAAAACUGAAACCAGAAAA